CAUGUUAUUAAUCUGCUAUUUAAGUGUAGCUUUUUGGAAGAAUACAGAAAACCCUACGCUCCUAAAAUUUUUGAACUUUCAAUUCUCUGCCAGCGAUCUGGAAGAUAAAAAAACAGAAUAUAAUCGCUACAAUAACGAGUUAAACACAAUAAGUAAACACUAUGCAGAAAUGUCUAAAAUAGAACAAAAGAUAGCCAAAUGGAAGGGUGCCUUUAAGAAUGAUAAAAAGACGAAGUUGGUAAACCAAUUCUGGGAAGUUCAAGACAUAGCGAGAAUGGUGAAAGAGAAAUCGAAGGCUGAACCAGUACCGUUAAAGAAUACUCACAAGCGGUUAUUUUCUGAGAUUGGUGAUGACUUGCCUUCAUCUCAUAUAAUGUCAGUAAUGGAAAAAUAUCAUGCAAAAUCAACAACAUCAAAAUACGAUCUUGUGCACAGCUUUAUUUUAGAUCUUACUCCCUGUUCACAGAUAGAAAAAGAGGUCGAAACUGAGUUUUGGGUGGAGCUUAUAGCAGACUGA